AUGGCUAACGUAAAGCUUCUUUACCAUUACCUCGUAAGCCACUUUUUCAAGCUCUGUUUGCUCUCGUUAAUGGCACUUGUAGCCAUUAAAGCAUCAAGCCUAAACCAAGAAGAUGUCAACAACCUCUGGUUCCAUAUCCAACACAACCUUGUAAUCCUAACCACUAUCUCCAUGGUUCUCGCUUUCGGGUCAGCCGUCUACUUGGUGGCCCGACCUAGAGACAUUACCUCGUUGACUACUCCUGCCAUCUACCUCCUCCGCAUCAAAAUCACUGUCCAAAGGAUCAUAGAUGGUAUCCACAAGAACCGAGAAUUGGAUUCGUCUUUGAGUUUACUGGCUGGGGACUCAUCUUUGGACUUCUUUGUGAGGGUCUUAGAGCGUUCCGGUCUUGGAGACGAGACGUACCUUCCAGAUGCAAUUUUAAACUUCCCACUUCUUAAUUCUAUGGCCGCUGCACAAGAAGAGACAGAGCAAGUGAUCUUCGACGCAAUCGAGAAUCUCUUAGCCAACACCAAAGUCAACCCACGGGAUAUCGGUAUAAUCGUGGUGAAUUCGAGCAUGUUUAACCCGACUCCUUCGCUGUCAGCUAUGGUCCUGAACAAGUACAAGCUUAGGAGAAACAUCAAAAGCUUUAGUCUUGGCGGUAUGGGUUGUAGCGCAGAUGUCAUAGCCAUUGAUCUUGCUAAGGACUUGUUGCAAGUUCAUAAAAACACUUAUGCUCUUGUGGUAAGCACAGAAUCUCAGCCGCAUGUACAUUGGUGA